UAGAAGGUCUUCAAAAGAUCCUAUCUGUUGUAGAUCAAAUCGGAUCUUUACUGAUUGCUUCUGAUGAUAUCUGAAAGUAGUAUAAAAGCGGCUUGGGAAGACUUAAGGAUCAGCUUGAACUUCAACAGAGCAUCAGUGCAAAAUGUGGAGCAAAGUUAUCCCCAUCGUUUUUGGCAUCCUCUGUUUGGUGGUUGUAAUUGAAAGUAAAGUAACUGAACCAGAAAAUCCGGACAAAUAUUACAAAUGCUUCACAUAUGCCGAAUGUGUUUCAGAUGGAUCAGCUAAUCAGAAGAUAUUGCAGUGUUUCAAAGAUGUGCCUAUGAAGAAUCUGUACCCAAUAUUCACAUAUGUCAAUUCAACUUUGCCUAUGGCUUACAAAUACCACACCAAGGAUGUAAUGGAAGCAAUCAAAGAAUACUGCAAUGAAAGCGGAGAUAAUAGAGUGAAAGCAUUUGAAUUGACUUUCGAUGGUCUUUUCAUGUAUCAAGAUAUGGCAUGCGAUUCUUCAAAUAUGACGACACAAUGUCAGUAUACAGAACAAUUGCUGAACUGCUUUUUCAAUCUUCUUGACAAACUAAUGGGAAGCAAUAAGUGUAAACUGAACUGAUGAUGCAUACGUAUAUCAAACGUUGUUUCUCCCCCUGAAAUCAAUUAAUAAGCAAUAUUUGAAUUCUGUCAUUUACUUGUAAUAAACAUCAGAUGUUUUCCUGAAAUAA